AUGCUACAGAGUACUAUCCGGUUUGCUAGAUUAGGGAAUAAGAGUCUACUCACCCGCCCGUUUUUCUGUAGUUCUAUUACAGGGAAUAGACACACAACACAUGCACAUCAUCUAAAACAUAAUAAAGCAGCUAUCAAUUUGUCUCACCUAGAUUUUCAAGCUUAUUAUAAGAUCAGAUCCAAUAUUGAAUUGCUUAUCCAAGAUUAUUCCAGGAAACCAAUACCCCCAUUAUCAUAUAAGUUUCUCACCGAGUAUCAGAAACCGCUCUCUCAAACCGAAAAAUACAACCUUGCCAUCAAGACAAUCAACCAGUUGAUUUCAUUAACAUGCCGCCAAUUAAGUUUAAUUCAGAACCUACCAUAUAUUGUACUAUUAAAUCCAAAGAUAAAUCAGAUAAACUCCUUAUAUUUAAAGACUUUGGAGUCGUUGCUAUCCAUCACUUUCCCAUAUGACUUAUAUAAGAAUGACUUGAUCCUGUCUCUCUUAAAUCAUUUGAAUGAGGAACAUAACGAUACUUUACUUGUGUUAUCCGAUGGAUUGAAGGAAAUAAACAAUGAAUUGCUUUCCAAUGAAGCAAUAUCAAAGUUUCUGGACGUUCAUAUAAGAGACAGAAUUACUAUGAAACUAAUCAUCCUAAAUCAUUUGGCUUUAUUGUCACCAAAAACUGAACCGGAUAUGAUUGGGAUAAUACACAAAAGAGUCAAAAUAUCCCAAUUCAUAAAUCAGACAUUCGAAUUUGUCAAUGACCUAUGCCAGCUGAAGUUUAAUUUACCAAUGUCAACAACAGGUAAUUCAUCAAUGAUAACAUAUAUAACUGGUGAAGAAAUUGAGUUCCCAUGUAUACCUGUAAUAUUAGAAUAUGUGCUGACUGAGAUAUUGAAAAAUUCCAUGAAGGCUCAUAUUGAGAAUGAUGUUACUAAACCUAUUGAAAUAUCUAUCUUUGAGACCGACAGUGAUGAACUGACAGUAAGAAUCAGAGAUUAUGGUGGAGGUAUUGACCCCAAAAUUGAACCAAAAAUAUUCCAAUAUUCAUUCAGCACAACGUUAGAUUCAACAUUUUCUAAAAUACAUGAAGAGAACAACGGCAAUCAACGGGAAACUGACUCAGUUAUAGGAUCAUGUCAAAAUGAUUCCUCUGUCCCUCAAUUAAUGAUGCCUGGAGAAGUUGAAAAUAACACCAUUUCAGGAAUGGGAUACGGGUUACCACUUUGCAAGAACUACCUUGAAUUAUUCGAUGGUGAUAUUACCAUCCAAAAUCUAUGGGGAUUAGGGACUGAUGUAUAUAUAAAGGUGAAAGGCCCUAAUAAGUCUCUAUUAGCCGAUCGUAAAUAG